GUCUACGUAGCUGCAUUAUCGGGCGAUUGUUGCGGCCAUGUGUACGGCAACGAGCCUCGUCAUCUCAAAUUGAGUGUGUUCGCGGGCGAAAAAUUCGGCCGUUUCCGGUUGGAAAAUCGAAUCCGGCCCGCACGAAAGGUAAAUUUCUCGUCGACUCGUUUUUCCUCAUGGAGAACUCAAACUCGGAAAGUGUCGUCCUGCCGGACAUCUCCGAAGCCGAACAGCUCGCGAGCGAGCACGAUGGCGGCGAUAAUGGCGACGCUAUCGAUACGAAGAGUGCGCGGGUCUCUACCGUUUCCGUUAGGCAUGCCGGGGUCCCGGUUUCUCUGCCUGUCGGGAGUCUCAUUACGAGCACUUUUAAUGUUAUCACUCAAGAGCAGAUGCAACAUUUCAAACCUAUGCUGUGCGUGGACAAUAACGGUUAUUUGGCGACCGACGGUUCCGGCACGGAACUGAAAACCAUCGUUAUACAGGAAGAUGUUUCGGGAAACGGUACGGUUUCGACUCCCGUGACUGUAACCCCGACGGUAGGUUCUUGGGGAGAAGCCGCCAGUUUACCCGUUCUGCCCGUAAGAUGCAAAAACACGUCCGCGGAACUACACAAAGCCAGGUUCGGUUCGGGCGGACGAGGCCGUUGCAUCAAAUUGGGAAGUUCGUGGUACACCCCGAGCGAAUUCGAGGCGUUAUGCGGCCGGGCCUCCAGCAAAGAUUGGAAAAGGAGCAUCCGAUUCGGCGGACGAAGUCUGCAGACUUUAAUCGAGGAAGGAAUUAUUCUUCCGCAUGCUACGAGUUGUACCUGCGCCGCGUGUUGCGACGACGAAACCGCCACCGGACCGGUUCGUCUCUUUACCCCGUACAAGCGGAAGCGGCGGAAAGAGAGCGACGGGGGCAAACGCAACGCCUCGAACGAGGAAGAUAGCGACCAGCAGAGCAAGGAGGAGGCGUGGCAAAAUCUGGCCGAAGGUUUGGAUUCCAACGACUACCAACUGAUUGAUCCGCUCACGCCCGUGGAUCCCAUGACUCAGCUGAGGCGAUUGGAAGAUAUCGUCUGCCAGAUUAACAGACUAGCCGUCGAUUGUCGAAGGAGUAUCGACGAGUUGAAGGAGACCAUGGGUAGGCAGCAGGACAAAUUCCAGAGGGAAAAAGAAUCCGCCAUAUUGGCGGCAAGAGUUGAGGCGCAGGUCGCAGCUUUGCAGCCCGAAGGCGCUGCAGACUCGACCCUACAACCUGCCAUUGAUAAUGACAAUCACAAAAAGUGUGCAAAUUGUAACAGGGAAGCGUUGGCCGAAUGCUCGCUGUGCCGAAGGACGCCUUACUGUUCGACGUUUUGUCAGAGAAAAGACUGGGCGUCCCAUCAAGUGGAAUGCGUGAGGGGCGUGGCGUCGGACGCGGGACAACAACAAUCGAUUAUGUUGAUUGUCGAAAGUGCGGAGCAGCAGUAACAGGGACGGGCCCGUCCAACGAUUUUAUUUAUUCUCCCAGAACCAAAAACACUUGUAUAUAGACUGGACCCUUUGUUUUCGAGUUGUUUUUUUUUUGUAA